AUGAUGCAGUUGCUGGUGGAGCACUUCCAAGUCCAAGACCUUAUGUCAUCCGGGCAACCCGUUUCCUGCUGUGGUUCUAAAAACCACACCGAAGGCACCAUCUACUAUGUCUGCACCCAGCAGCCCGCCGUGGUCUACAGAGACAGAGCUCCCCAGGCCGGCCGCCACGACACCUGCCACAGCCCCUCAGGCAGACAUGGCUACGAGCCCAGGCGGGGACUCCCAGCAGGGUGUCAGCACGGCUCCCCCACAGGGGUCACCUCACAACACAUCCAAUCAGUGCAGGACAGAUUCUUGCAGUCUCAGCAGAAGCCAGAACAAGACGAAUCUGUUUCUGUGCUGUACAGCUUGUUCUUAGUUGUUGGUACGCAGUCCUUGAAGGACACAGUGUUCUGCCCACCUGUCCACCUUGUCAGCACCUACAGUCAGGUUAGCAGUGAGCUAGCAAAGCACCUGAGCCCGACUCGGAGAGAGCUAAAGAAAGCCUGUGAGACCCUCCAGAACCUGCGAGACCUAGCUCCAAGCUUUCAGUCGCCAGCCCAGGUCCCUGUGGUCAACCUGCUCAUUGACCUGACUGAGCAGAUCCUGCGGAUCCCCUCUCAGAACAGAGGCACUCGGGGUUCCGAAACCCCUGCAACUCUCUGCCACUUUCCACCCCCCAGUGUGAUGAAUGGUGAAGUGGAAAAGCUGCAGACACCCAAGCAGGACACCAACCAGGUGGAAGACAUGCUGGAGAUGGCCUUGCUGGCCCUGGGCACAAUCCAGGAUGCGUUCCUGCAGCAGAACCCAGGCUGCCAGUCCUCGGUGACACUCACCUCCGCCGCCGCGUCUGUGCUGCUGAGCAGUCAAAACAUAUCGACGUUGCCACUGAGCUCUUACACGCUGGGCGGUCCAGCGCCCGUGAGCUUAGGUUUGCCAUCGUCUUCAGCCUUGGAGGCAUUCUUGAAUAAGUAUCCAAGAGUGAAGGUGCAGGUUACAGGAUUGGCUUUCAAUCCCUUCCAGACGUUUGAUGGCAGGAACAUCACAGGAAGCGUUGGAAGCGUGUUGUUAAGUUCUGGCCAGGAACAGCUCCACGUCCACGACCUGAUGGAAGACGUGGAGAUUGUGCUCUGGAGGAAUGCCAACAUAGACACCCAUGCCAGCAGCCUCAACACCAGCACAGCCCGCUUCACAGCCAGUGUGAACGUCACCUCUGUGGAGAGAUCCCUGCUGGUGGCCAUUGAGCCUGCAAGUCCUCUCUUCCUCACUCUCUACCUUGGCUUCCAAUACCCGCCCAACCACACCUGCUUCCUCCUGACCACCACCCUGCCCAAGAGCACCACAGGGCAGAAAGAUGAGGACUACACGUGGGUGCUGACUCCUGACAGCCUGCAGUACAGGACCGGCACCUACUACAUAACCGCCAUAUUGAAUGAGACAGAGACUGCCUGGCAGACACCCAUCCUGGUCUCGGUGGUAACUGCGGUCACCCAGUGUUAUUUCUGGGACAAGAACAACAGGACUUGGAAAAGCAGUGGAUGUCAAGUGGGGCUGCGGAGCACAGUUGUGAAGACGCAGUGUCUCUGUGACCACCUGACCUUCUUCGGCAGCGACUUCUUCAUUGUGCCCAGGACAGUGAGGGUUGAAGACACAGUCACACUGUUCCGUCACGUGUCAAACAACCCUGUGGGGGUGUCGCUGCUGGCCAGCCUUUUAGGGCUCUACAUGUUCUUAGCAGUGUGGGCUUGGAGGAAGGACCAGCGGGAUAUGCAGAAGGUGAAGGUCACCGUCCUGGCCGACAACGAGCCCGGCUCCCGCUUCCACUACCUGGUGGAGGUCCGCACGGGGCUCCGCCCGAGGGCGGCCUGCACGGCCCAGGUGGUCGCCACCCUGUAUGGAUCGGAGGGACACAGCCGGCCCCGUCACCUCUGGGACCCCCAGACGACAGCCUUCGGCCGAGGGGCGCUGGACGUCUUCCUGCUGGGGACCCGGGCCCCCCUGGGGGAGCUGCACGCCCUUCGCCUGUGGCUCCACGGCUCCCCAAGGCGGUGUUCCUGGUACAUCAGCCAGGUGAUCGUCAGUGACAUGGCUACUAAGAAGAAAUGGCACUUCUUGUGCGAUUGCUGGUUGGCCAAGGACCUGGGAGACUUCCAGUGCGACCGGGUUUUCACACCAGCCUCAAGGACAGAGCUCCUUUCCUUUAGACACUUAUUCUCCUCCACGAUUGUGGAACGGUUCACCCAGGACCAUCUGUGGCUCUCCAUCGCAACCCGACAUCCCUGGAACCAAUUUACAAGACUCCAGCGGCUCACCUGCUGCACGACGCUGCUCCUCUGCGACAUGGUGAUUAACGUCAUGUUCUGGAGGAUGGAAGGCCCCACAGCCAAGAGGGUCGAGCCAAUGGGGCCAUUUGCUGUGACCUGGUUGGAGGUGCUCAUCAGCAUCCAAACUGCUGUCAUCCUUCUCCCCGCCCAUCUGGUCAUUAGACAACUUUUCCUGUGGAUUCAACCACGAGAAGCCCUGCCCCUGCUUCCUCCCCUCCCUGCCGCCUGCCCCCCAGGUGCCGCCUGGGAGCCCAGCUCCUCCGCAGAGGUGGUGGAGGAAUUAAAGGAAACGGUGGGAUUUCUGCUCAGAAGAGACACGCGCCUGCUUGCCGACUGUGAGCCACCAGUACAGACGCCUCAUGACAUGAGCCAGCUGGUGAUGCUUUUAUCCAGGAUCAUCCAUUCUCAUUUAGAGGAGCAGGGCUAUUGCCGGCAUUCAGAACCCCAGGGGCCAAGUGUGGCGUCGGAAACCCAGUACCAUUUCCACUGGUACCUGCACAGAGUGCUGCGGAGGCUGGAAGCCCACCUGGACACACUGGCCACCACCCAGGGCCAUCAGCCCUGCGACCUCCGGGAAGCGGCCAGCCAGCUUCAAAAACUCCAAGAACUCCUGGAGACCCGAGUCCUACCCAUGGAGAAAGGGGCGGCCAGGGAGACAACAAGUUUCCCUAUGCUGAGCCCAGAAGCAGGGAAGAGGCCCCGCUGCGUUUUUCCACCGGCGUUAUUGACAUCCAUCUGCUGGCUCCUUCUAGGUGUCACUAGCUUGGCUUCGGCUUUUUUUACAGCCCUUUAUAGCUUGGACUUGAGCAAAGACCAAGCCACCAGCUGGGCUGUUUCAAUGAUGCUGUCGGCACUCCAAGAUACCUUCAUCAGCCAGCCAGUAAAGGUGAUCGUCUUCACAUUCUUACUCUCACUGCUGGCGAGCAGGAUGCCAUGGCUUAACAAAGAAAAGGAGCAACAGACCAACAGGAUCUUGGCACUUUGGGCAAAAUGUUCUUCAUCGUUGUCUGGCUCGAGAGAUAAGAACAACCCCAUUUACAAACCCCCAGUGGUGACGAGGCCAACCAACGACCCAAAGAGAACCUGGAAAAAGAAGAAACUUCUGAAGCUGACGGGUGAUAUGUUGAGUAAGGAGCAGUGGGGCUGUUGGCUUAAACAGCAGAAGUGGAGGUUCUUCACUAGAAAGAGAAACGUUCUGGACCUGAGCAUAGUCGUCAUUAGCUUCAGCAUCUUGGGACUUGACAUGAAGCGCAUUUCUCUACAUAAGAAAAACAUGGCACAAUAUCGCCGUGACCCAGAGAGGUUCAUCAGCUUCUAUGAGGCAGUCAACGUGAGCUGUGCAGUCACUCACCUCGUGGGCUUCCUGGUUCUGUUGGCGACUGUUCAACUAUGGAACCUGCUGCUACAUAACCCCAGGCUGAAGGUCAUCAGCAACACCCUGAGCAAAGCCUGGGAUGAGGUGGUGGGCUUCCUGCUGGUCAUUCUCAUCCUGCUGAGCAGCUACGCCAUAACGUUUAACCUGCUGUUUGGAUGGAGCAUUGCAGACUACCAGACUUUCUUCAGCUCUGCAGUAACUGUUGUUGGCCUCCUGAUGGGAAUUUCUCACCAUGAAGAGGUUAUUGACUUACACCCAGUCCUGGGCUCCUUCCUCAUCCUCAGCAAUGUCAUCUUAAUGGUAUUUGUGAUCAUUAAUCUUUUUGUUUCUGCCAUUCUCAUUGCCUUUGGAAAAGAAAGAAAGUCUCUUCAGAAAGAAGCUGCACUGGCAGGUAUGUUGCUACAGAAGCUCUCAAAUCUACUAGGAAUCCCUCAGCUGAGGAAGAGUCAUGACAAUGGGUAUUGA